ACCUUCCUUCAAAUUACAUGAUUAUUUAACAACUAUAACAUAGUUUAGUGAAUUAAAUUUUUGUAAUUGUGGGAAAUAAACGAACAAAAUGGCCAUUAAGAGCGUACUCCUAGCUUCAGCAUUAAUAGUUUGCGUAUAUGGAAGAGUGUUUACAUACCUUCGACCAGUGGACAUGCAGCCGUCGGCGACCUUCUUCCAACCAAAGAUUACUUACGACUUGCACCACCAUAUACCUGAAGACGAGCACGUUGAUUACUACGCCUACCCGAAAUAUGUGUUCAAAUACGGAGUGAAUGACUUUCACACCGGUGACAUCAAGACGCAUCAUGAAAGUAGGGACGGUGACGUGGUUAAAGGCCAGUACACAGUGGUAGAGCCCGACGGCUCAAUCCGCACAGUGGACUACACUGCCGACAAACACAACGGGUUCAAUGCCGUGGUGCACAAAACAGCGCCCCUUUCAUCGCAUGAAGCCCACCUUUAA